CUGAAAUCCUCUCUCUCUGUGUUGGGAAAAGAGAUACAAAAAGGUACGGUUUUGAUCCAAGCACAAAGCUUUUUGGGUAUUUCUCUAUCUCCUCCCUCCCCCCACCUUCUUCUGGGCCUCCGUACACUGUGAGCCGCACACGAGCGAGCUCGAACAAAAGAUUUCAGAGCUAAAUCCAGUAGUGGAAGAUCAGAAAAUCAAAACCCGGAAAACAUAUAAAAUUAUGAAAAUAAAUUUGUAAUAUUUAAAAAAAAGAAGCCAUUUUUCAGAUCCUUCUGUAUGUUCUUCUCCCCAUAAACCCUUCAAAUCUGGUCCUUCUCUACCUCCUCCUCUUUAUCUGUUGGCUUUUGAUUAGCAUUUUUUCUCUUCUGGGUUUUGUUGUUUUUAGUGAUUUGGGUUGAAGAGUUUGUGCAUUCUCCGGGAAACUAAGCCUCUGGGCGAUUUCCGAAAGCUCAAAUUUGGUUGAGAAUGGAGGGCUGAGAUUGAAAUUUUGAUUUUUUUUGAGAUUAGAGAUUUAUUGGGUUACAUUUGUUUUUUGUUCUCUCUCUCUCUACCGCUCUCUGGUGGGGUUUGGUUGAGAUGGGGAGUUCUGGUGAGACCAGUGAGAAGAGCAUUGAUGCGUCGGUGGGUACUUUGGUUUGGGUCCGCCGCAGAAACGGGUCCUGGUGGCCGGGUCGGAUAAUGGGUCUGGACGAGUUGCCGGACAGUUGUGUAGUUUCGCCAAAAUCGGGCACUCCGGUGAAGCUUCUCGGCCGUGAUGAUGCAAGUGUGGACUGGUAUAACCUUGAAAGAUCCAAGAGGGUGAAAGCUUUUCGUUGUGGGGAGUAUGAUGAAUGCAUUGAAAAAGCAAAGGCCCAUGCAGCCAGCGGGAAUAAGAAAAAAGUUAAAUAUGCACGGAGGGAAGAUGCUAUUAUCCAUGCUCUUGAGAUUGAGAAUGCUCACCUAGGCAAGGAUGAUUUGAACUUCAGUGCUCGAAUGAGUAAUUCAGGUGGUGACCAUGGUUGCGCAGCCAGAGAAUCACCUGCCAUGUCUCUUUGCAGCGAGGAGAAUGAAGAUAUGGUUGACGAUGUGAGUGAUUCUGAAGACAAUUCACACUCAGGGCCAGAAUUAUCUCAAUCUGGUAUAUCUUUUGAAGAGCCAAAUCAUAUCAGUUCUUCUAAGUUGCAAUCUCUGCAGGGAAGGAGAAGGAAAACACCAAAUGAUUCAGAGGAUGAUGGAACAGAAGGAGUGAAGCGCAUGAGAGGACUUGAGGACCUGGGAAUGGGUGUAUUGUCAAAAAAGUCAGGCCAGACUGGAGGGCUUCUUGAACAAGUUCAACAGGAUGGUGCUUCACUCUUAGAUUCAAACACUCGGAAUGGAAUGCCUAAUGGAAGUCCUGCAAAUGGAAGCAAAGGUACUUCAUCGCUGAAAAGAAAGAGAUCUCAAGUGGCAAAUGUUAAUGAACUCUUGAAAAGAAAGAACCGCAGUCGACCAUUGACCAAGGUGCUGGAGAGUACAGCAAUGGUGUCCAUUCCAGCUAUGCCUGACCAAUUGCCAAAUUCAUGUGGUUCACCUCUUCAAGGGUUAUCUAAUGGCAGGGUUUCUGGAUUAGAAUCCAAUGAAUCAAAAGGGAGUUUAUCUGCAGACCACACUGGAAUUUUGUGUGAGAAUGGAACCUCUAUAAAUGUUCCUGAACUAGCUUCUGGGGCUUCCUCUAUUAAUGACAAAUUGAAAGAGAACGAGAUUCCCAGCAUAUCUGGCUUAGCGGAAUAUGAUUCUUCUGAUGAUAGGCUAUUUGAUGUGCCAUUUGUUGGAGAGGAAAAAGACCCUUCAGGUUCUUCUCCUAUACGUACAGCUUGUUCAUCUGGUAAACCUCAGAUUGGUGCGUUGGGAAGGCAAUCUAGUCAAAGUCAUCAAUCUGAAGCUGUAUCUUUGAAAAACGAGAGAAUUAAUGAAUCUGGUUGUACGAGUUCAGCAGCCUUGCAUGAUAUCAGCAUAAGUAUGGUGAAAGGUAGUUCAGAGUGGCAGUUAAAAGGAAAGAGGAAUUCUAGACAAACAAGUAAAGAUAGAAAACAUGACUCCAGAAGAUUUAUGGACAUGGAUGAUGAAUACAAUGGUUAUUCGGCAGGCAUCGAGCAUUCCAAUGGAUUGUCUCAAGGUUCUUAUCAGAAAGUAAAUUGCAAUGGCAUUAGUGGUUCCCGUGCAUAUAAUGGCACCUUACGAUCAAAGUCCAAACAGGUUACUGAAUUGCCUGAUGGUCCAACACAGAGAUCACUUCCCUAUCGGCAGUCCCGCUUCACAGUGCCUGCAAGAUAUCAGACAGCAGAUUCUACUGCCCGUAAUUCAUGCUCUGAUGGUUCAUUGUAUGAUGUCAAGCUUGAGGUGAAAUCCAAUUACCGGCCACAACAUGUUCCCCUGGUUUCCCUUAUGAGUAAAUUGAACAGCAAAGCCAUUGUUGGUCACCCACUAACAGUUGAGGUCUUGGAUGAUGGCUGUUCUGAUUGGGAAGUUGAUAAAACAGGCUAUGCAGUAAAGCCAGAAAAAGAAAUUGGAAGAAUCCCAGCCAAGGUAUUGGCAGUGCAACCACGAAAUUCACCAAGUAGAUCUCCCAAAACAAAGAAAUCUGGGCUACAGCCAAAAAAGAUCAGGAAACUAUCUUCACUGACCGGUCAUAAGCAAUCUGAAGACAGAAAACCACUGGUUCCGAAGCCGAAGGGUCCUGUAAUAGCCUGUAUCCCCCUUAAAGUAGUGUUCAGUAGGAUAAAUGAAGCAGUGAAUGGUUUGGCGCGACCAUCACAUCGUGUUCUAAGAUCAAGCAACGCUUGAAUAUGGCUUCUUGUUUUUGGGGGGGGGGGGGGGGGGGGGGGAGGAGAGAGGAGAGAAAGAUGUUGCAGUGGAUGGAUUCUUCCGGGGGUAUGCUUCCCUUUUACAUCCUAGUUGCUGCUUCUCAUUUAUUUGGCUAUGUUAAGUUAGCAGCAGCGUUAUGUCUGCUGUCGUUUUUAAGGCUGACUCCGUCUGUACAAUUCGAGAAACUGCGUUGUUGUAGAAGGAGCAUUCAGUCUCUGAAUGUAGGCUGCUUUGUGCUCUGUAUAUAGAUGUAUCAUUAACUUUUUAACAUUUGGUAACCUGAUAUUUUGUUAUUUUAUUUUAUGAAUUCAGGUUCUUUUAGAGGCUUAA